CCCCAAGGAAGGGUAGGGAGGGGGGAGAACAGGGGUUCUGGCCAGCCUCAAGUAUGGAUUGAGAUGAGAGGAGCCGAGUACCCUUCCCGGCUGGGCUGGGCUGCUCUUGGGGGCUUCUGGGGGCAGCUGGUCCCUGAGAGAGAGUGGGUCGGAUCGCACUGCUGCUGCUGCUGCUGCUGCCCCUCAGCUGCUCUCCCCUUCAGGCGCAUCCGGAACUUCCCGCUGCACAGCCAGGCCCUGACGGCGGUUCCCCUGGGCUCCGCCCGCCUGAUGGAUCAGCUGGAGGACCGAAUCCUCAGCCAUGAGAAGACCACGGCAGCCCUGGUGGAGCACGCCUUCCGCAUCAAGGAGGACAUUGUCUCCACGCUGCACCGGAUGCAGAACAAGGGUGGCGGAGACCGGCUGGCCAGGCAGCUGUUGGAGGAGCACAUCCGCAACAUCACCGCCAUCGUCCGGCAGCUGAACCGGGACAUCGAGGCUCUGCAGGAGCAAAUCCGGGUCAGGGAUAACCUGAGUUACGGAACAAACUCUACCCUGAAGAGCCUGGAGAUGCGGCAGCUGUCUGGACUCGGGGAUCUUCGUGGACGGGUUUCCAGGUGCGAUGCAGGGCUGGCCAGAGUCUCCGCGGAGCAUAAAGUCACCUACGAGAGACUGCAGAGCCUCAGUAAAGAGCAGCAAGCGACAAAAUUGAUCCUGGAGUCCAAAAUCAAAGAAACAGAAAUACAGAUUUCCCAUCUUCUGAGCAGAAUCGAGCAAUCCGUGAUGCAACAAGAUGCAAAGCUCAAGCUGGCCUACAAAGAGAGCAACCAGCAGCUCCAUCUUCUGGAGGCCAAACUGCAGGACGCCAUCGACCACCUCACCAGCCAGAUCUCCUCUGCCCGCAGCCAGAUGGAGCAGGAGCAGGAGCGCUUCGAGAAGAAGUUCCUGGAGAAGAUAGACCAUCUUUUCCUUGCCAUCAAGGAGAAGAGUGAAUUGGACAGCAGGGCCCUGGAGAUGCAGCUGAGCGAGAUCCAUGGGAAGCUACAGAAAAUGGAAGCCGGACAGAAAUGUUCAGUCCAGGAACAGGAAGUGAACCAGGUUGAGGACAGGAUGAGCGUCCAGCUCAGCAAACUCCAGUCCGAUUUCACUGAGGACAUCAAGGAAGUCAAGGCAGAGGUUAGCGCUGGACUCAGCACCAUCUACGAGAGCAUUGGAUCCCUGCAGCAGGUCCUGGAAUCGAAAAUGAAACUGGACAAGGAGGAGCUGCAAAAGCAGAUCCAGCAGCUGAAGUGA